AUGAGCAGGUUAGGCGGCCUAGUUGCUGUAAAGAGAAUACUGGCUGAAUCCGAACUGUAUGAGUCACUUUUUGUCAAUGAAGUGAAGAUUAUCAGUCGAUUAAAACACCGAAAUCUGGUGCAAUUAAUGGGGUGGUGUCAUGAAAAAGAUGAGCUUCUACUUGUGUAUGAGUAUAUGCAAAAUGGCAGCCUUGAUUAUCAUCCAUUUGGUAAUCAAAAACCUCUGCCAUGGAGUAUCAGAUACAAAAUAGCAUUAGGCUUGCCUUCAGCCCUACGAUAUCUCCAUGAAGAGGCCGAGCCAUAUGUUCUGCAUAGGGAUAUAAAAUCAGCAAAUGUAUUACUGAACACGGAUUUCAGUACCAAGCUGGGUGACUUUGGGGUGGCAAAGGUUGUGAAUUCUUGGUCACAAAAUCAAGCAACCAACGUAGUGGGGACAGUCGGCUACUUGGCCCCUGAAUAUCUAAGAGAUGGCCGCGCCACUAAGGAAUCAGACAUGUUUAGUUUUGGAAUUGUAAGUUUAGAAAUUGCAUGCGGGAGGCGAGCAGACAGGGAGCCAUUGAUAAAGUCAGUUUGGGAACUCUAUAAAGCAGGAAACAUUAUCCAAGCAGCAGAUACGAGACUAGAAAUGAAGUUUGAGAGCAGAGAAUUGGAAUGCUUACUAAUUGUGGGAUUAUGGUGCACACACCCAGUCGACAUGGAGAGGCCAUCUGCAGGACAAGUAAUUCAACUUCUCAAUUUUGAAGCAACACUGCCAGAGCUUCCUCAGGAGUUGCAUGAUCCUGCAUUUGUUCCAAGGCCACUGUCUCCAGAUUCAGAUGACUCAUCAGAAGCAUGA